AUGGAAAGUGAUGCUCGGGAAAACUUGUUUGGCAUAACCUGCACCUCCACUUCCAUCACCAUUCCUACUUGCUCACCCUCAUCACCAACAUCUUCUACUUCAUGCACCAACCAAGACUCCAAACCAAGUCCUCCAAAUGAAUCAACAACAACUGGAAACUCCGAAAAUGGCAAGGAGUGCAAGAAAAGACAAAGAAAUGACAAUGGGAACAAACACCCAAGUUACAGAGGUGUGAGAAUGAGAACAUGGGGUAAAUGGGUGUCUGAGAUCCGUGAGCCAAAGAAGAAGUCAAGAAUAUGGCUUGGAACAUACCCCACUGCAGAAAUGGCAGCAAGAGCACAUGACGUGGCAGCUUUAGCCAUCAAGGGUGAUUCAGCUUACCUCAAUUUCCCCAAUUUGGCUCAUGAUCUUCCAAGGCCUAUCACCACAUCUCCCAAGGACAUUCAAGCUGCUGCUGCAAAAGCAGCAACAACAUUCUUUGAAGAUGCUAAACAUUGCCAAGCCGAAGCAGAACAUAACCAAGCUGAACAAGCUUCAUCUUCAACUCUGUCUUUGGACAACACUGAUGCAGAACAAAUUCUCGCAGAACUAGCUUCAUCUUCAACUCUAUCCAUGGACAGUACUCAAGAGUCUUCAUGUUCUCCCUCUACUGCAGACGAUGACACACUAUUUGACCUACCAGAUCUUUUUCCUGAUGGAAACACUGGACUAUUCUCCUAUUCUUCUUCUUGGCAUUUAUGUGCAGUUGACAGUGGAUUCAAGCUUGAAGAGCAAUUUUUGUGGGAGAAUUACUAG